CCCCCUGCUCCUCAUUGUGCAGCCGAGGAAACAUCGCAAGGUUUCGACGACGCUGGUAUGAAAUGGCAGAAACCGCUUGUGUCGCGGAAGCUCAGACAUUAAGUUACGUUGAAGCCACACGUGUGUUUUGCGAUGACCCUGGCCUGGUAGUGUAAAGGGAAACGGAAGACUAUCCGGAGGAAAAAGGGAUUAAAGAGCUGUUUUUCUACCCCCCCCCAAAAAAAACGUCCGGGUUGUGUCUCCAGCAGGCAGCGAGCAGCCACUGCGGGUCGACUGUUGGAUUUAACCGGAGAGGGGUCUUCAGAGAAGAGACCCACUUGGACGCCCAGUCAUUGCGUUUGUCCAAGGCUUCACCAUGAACCGGAACAAGCGUGAGAAGGAGUACUACAGCAUAGAUGUGGGGGACUCAACUUUUAUGGUUUUAAAGCGCUACCAGAACCUCAGACCCAUUGGAUCCGGAGCACAGGGAAUCGUCUGUUCUGCUUACGACCACAACUUUGAGAGGAACGUCGCCAUCAAGAAGCUGAGCCGGCCGUUUCAGAAUCAAACCCACGCCAAACGGGCCUACAGGGAGCUGGUGCUCAUGAAAUGUGUCAACCACAAGAACAUAAUCGGCCUAUUAAAUGUAUUCACGCCACAGAAGACACUGGAAGAAUUCCAAGACGUGUAUCUAGUGAUGGAGCUGAUGGAUGCCAACCUCUGCCAGGUGAUUCAGAUGGAGCUGGACCACGAGAGGCUGUCCUACCUGCUCUACCAGAUGCUGUGUGGAAUCAAACACCUGCACGCUGCCGGCAUCAUACACAGGGACCUGAAGCCCAGCAACAUCGUGGUGAAGUCUGACUGCACACUGAAGAUCCUGGACUUUGGCCUGGCCAGGACAGCCGCCACCGGCCUCCUCAUGACGCCCUACGUGGUCACCCGCUACUACCGCGCCCCUGAGGUCAUCCUGGGCAUGGGCUACCAGGCCAAUGUUGAUGUCUGGUCUGUUGGCUGCAUCAUGGCUGAAAUGGUCCGGGGUAGUGUGUUGUUUCCAGGCACUGAUCAUAUCGACCAGUGGAAUAAGGUGAUCGAGCAGCUGGGGACACCGUCUCAGGAGUUCCUGAUGAAGCUCAACCAGUCGGUGAGGACCUACGUGGAGAACAGGCCACGGUAUGCUGGCUACAGCUUUGAGAAGCUCUUCCCUGAUGUCCUGUUCCCUGCAGACUCUGAACACAACAAACUGAAAGCGAGCCAAGCCCGAGACCUGCUGUCCAAGAUGCUGGUAAUAGACGCGUCCAAGCGGAUCUCUGUGGACGAGGCUCUCCAGCACCCUUAUAUCAACGUGUGGUACGACCCGACUGAAGUGGAGGCACCGCCACCCGCGAUCACAGACAAGCAACUGGAUGAGAGAGAGCACACAGUGGACGAGUGGAAAGAGUUGAUAUACAAAGAAGUGUUGGACUGGGAAGAAAGGACAAAGAAUGGUGUCAUCAGGGGACAGCCAGCAUCCAUAGGUGCAGCAGUGAGCAGCACCUCCAGCACCUCACCUCCACGUCCUUCUGCCUUCGUCAACGACGUCUCCUCCAUGUCCACCGCCGACACUGACAGCAGCCUGGAGACGGCCAGCGCCGCCGCCGCCGCCGCUGCUGCUACAGCCACCAGCCCCCCCCUGGGCUGCUGCAGAUGACUAUCAUCUACACCUCCUCUUGGUCCUGGGCUGGGCCUCGCCCCCCCGGUCACAUCUCAGACCAAUCCACUUGCCCGACACUGGCUCCUGGCCCCGCCCCCUGCAUUUGCCUCCUCCUCCCCACCUCCUCUCUGUGCUUGUCUUCAGUAGUGUAGCCAUUAGCCAGCUAGCUGUUUGAGAAAUAUUUUGAUUUCUGAAAGGACAGAUGAUCUUUUUUUAUUAUUUUUUAUUUCUUUUUGGAUUACAGUCAUAGUCUUUUUUUUAUUUUUUAUUAGGAUUUCUUUUCCUUUGAGUCCUAGCUGUAAUUUAUUGUGGCAUUUCUUAAUUUUUUUCAGAAACCUAAGAUGAUGAUAAGAGAAUUUUUAUGAUUUCACUAAGUUUCGGUUUUUAUUAACCGACAGUGAGAAUUGAAAGAAAUAUCUGUAAAAUGUUUUAAUGUGAUCUAUUUUUCUGUUGACCGCCAUUUGUUUCACUUGUAAGCUACUGCUUUUACAACUUGCCAUAUAAAUGUAGAUUGAGUUUGUACAGAUUUUAUGGUAGAUGUAGAUAUACCUUCGAUACAAGUUUGCAGUGAGCCAUUGAAACAUAACUGAAUUGACAAAUGUAUGGUCUUAGUACUCCCCUUAUCUCUUUUAUCUCACAUAAUAUUGGUUUUAAGUGCAUAUGACAUAUCCAUUGAUAUGAACUCGGAUCAUUAAGAUUUACUUGUAAAAAAAAAAAAAAAAAAAAAAAAAAAAAGAAGAUAUUUCUUGAGUCACGACUACUUCCUACAUUGUAACAUUUAAUGAAAGCUUUAUAAUUUACUCAUUCUUCACUUCCUGUUCUGACAGGAUAGGAUUUCAAGAAAAAAUUCCUUUCGGCAUUUAAGAUAUGGGAUUGAAAAUAGCGCAGUGAUGUCCCGCAAGAUAACCUGGAGCUUUUUGAUGACCGUCUUCUGUAUUUUAAAGUGCUUUAAAGUACCUCUUCUUGUCUACAACAGGCUGUGUGACAUUUAGGAACUGGAGUGGUGGUGUUGCUUUGGAGGACUGCAUGCACGGCGCUCUUUCACAUUCUCCACUGGCUUGCGUUGACAGUGAGGUACCGCUAACAGUUGAGAAUGUUUGGGUUUUUUUGUCGCGCUUUGGGUUAGGGUUUAUCGAGAUGUAGAGACGUUGUGUGAGGUUGUAAAAAAAUUGGUGACGGUGUAAGUAGAAUGUGCUUCAGUCGAGUAGGGAAUUGUGAUAUUGGGAAAGGAAAGUGAACGUGUCGAUGUUGGGUGUCUUGGAGGGAUAGUGAUUCUGCAGCCUUAUGGAACAGUGUGAAAACAUGUCGGCUACCAGAUCCUGCUAUUAGUAAUGUACUUUUAUGAAUUUGGAAAAUUUGAGUGAUUUUUCUAAAAGGUGGCCAAACACUAGAAGUGUACCAGACUUGCUUACAAUUGUGAGAGAAUAAUCUAAAACGAAGCAGCACAAACAACCAGAGUCAAAAGAAACAGAUUAUUAUCUUGUUAUGCAAUAAUAGUGCCCAUUUUUGAGUGUUUUUUUUUUUUUUUUUUUUUUUGGUUUGUUUCAGCGUGGAAAGGAAAAGUGCCUGUUGUCUGUCAUUCAUUCCGGAGUAUGUGGGAGGAAGUGUAUUCAUUUUAUGUAGGUUUUUAUGGCAUCUGGUCAACAAUAGUAGUUUCCAUAUCAAACCAAUGAUGCAUGAUGGGGUUGUAGUUCUCACAAAUGUAUUGUAUAUUUUUCUACUUGUUUGGAUUUUGGCCCCUGAGCGGGAGACUUUGGUGUCUAGCAGGGUAAGAAGGCGAUGCGUUGAGAUGCUUGAGCGUGCGUUGAGUCAUUUCAGAGGAAAAGGCAGUUUUAUCAAGGUCUUUCAUCAAAGUAAAAAAAAAAAGAAGUGUUUCUUUGCAGUGACAGCAACCGAAAUAUAGGUUAACUUUUUGGCUUUUCUUUGAGUACUAAUUUAAUGUGAUGAUUGUAAGAGAGAAGAAUGAACAGGAUGUUUUUAAAAUUCGACUACCGGAUCAAACUAGGCGAGGGAACUCUGCGACUGCAUUAUUGUCAGUAUUUUGUGAUGGUUUUGGAUACUGUUUACUGUUGGAAUUGCAGAUUGAUGCUUAAGUGACGAACACAUAUCUGAGUCCACAGUGUUUCUCAAUGAUGAAUUUUGAAAGUUUAAAGGAACACUUGUGGUACUAAUUGAAAAAAAAGCUCUAACCGUAAAGCCAUAUUAGCUGAAUGCUACCUAGGAAAGUCGUGUAGUGGUUUGUUGACUUUUUAAGAUCAUGAAUAUCAUGGUCAUAAAUAACUAAAACAAAGGAGCCCAUGCAAUUUUAAACUCUAACUUUUUGGUCAACUUCCAUGCAGCAUUUCUGUUUGCUUGAAAUGUUUGCACAACUUAACCUGCUAUCUGCAAGAAGCAGAGUUAGGGUGUAAGGUUCUGUCAUGGAUCAUGAGCAGAGGUUGCAGUUGUUGGCAUGAACAUCCUCGUGCUCGGAUGGUCUAAACAUGGAACACAGCACUGUGUCUAGAAUCUGCCCUGGUCUGUGAAAAGUAUGUUCUGCUCAAAGCAAAUUUGCAGGAACAUAUUAGACUAAACACAGACGUAAACAUAUAUUUAACGGCAUGAUUUCUCAAUAACUGAUGCAUUAUGGCUCCUUCUCUUUUUCAAGUUCUGGACGUGCAUCAGCUAUUUAUAUAUCAUUACUAAGUGUGUGUGUGUGUGUGUGUGUGUGUCCCCUUUCUUACUAAUCAUUUUCUUAAUGGGGUUGCACCAUUCAAACUAAAGGAACGUCUUAUCCAGUAAAAACCUUAGCAGUGGGUAAAUUGGUUGCUGGAAAUCAUCUGUAACAUAACUUCUAAACAGUUUUAAUACAGAUAUAUAAGUACUUAUAUUAAAUUAUACUGCCUUUGUUGAUGUAAGUAUGACUCUGUAUUUAUAUCCAUACAUAAAGAAGUAUGUAUGUCUCAGAAUUAGUAAUAUCCAUAUAUUUUAGACUGGGUGAGAUGUCUCAAUACACUACUACACUCACAUUUAUUUGGUCAUUCAGUCGAACAUUAUUAGAUUGUUUUGUAAUUUGAUGUGUCUUUUAUUGUUAAUUUUGUAGAAUUUGUUUUACAUUUUAAAAACUUCUUGGUUCACAUAUUUAUCAAACAGCAUUUUGUCGACCACAUAACCUUUAUUACUCUUCAAUUUCAACACGUAAUAUAUUACAAAGCAUUAGCUCUAUCAAACACAGUUAACGUUUAAUGUAUCAGCAAGAAACUGAGCUAUGCAACAGUUAACAUAAAAACAAUGAGCAGGCAAACGUUUAUAAUGGCUAAUGAUAGCUUUGUCAGUUAACAGUUAACAUUAAAUAUAUUAGCAAGCUAAGGUCAGUACUUUGUAAGAACUAGUUUAUGUGGUGCAACCCAUUUUCAUUUUGUGACGUAUAGUUCUCCACUUUGUCAACGUUUGCGUUAAAACAAGGCUAAGUUUGAACUUAUGAACAGCCAGUGCCACUGGUUCACGCUCCGUUUUCAGUCACCAGGAUUUGAAAAGUAAAGGUUCGGCUAAUAAAGUGCAAUGGGAGCAACUGCAGAGCCAGAUUGGUACAAUACGAAACUAAAUUCACUCUGCAGUCCGUUAUUGUAGAUUCCAACAGCAACACGAUAAGUUGUCCAGUAGUAAAUGUGCAGUAGUAUUCUGACAAACAAAAACUAAAAACUAGAACUUAACAGUGUCAUAUCAAUAAGAAGGCAACAAUAGCAGGGUGAAAUUCAGUGGUAUGUAUCCAUUUGUCAUAUUAGCCCAUUUGUCAUAAUUUGAAAAACAUAUUUUUUGUUGACUAAAGUGCUCUUAAUUUCCUCAACCUAAUAUUAGGGGCUUUAAUUGGACUGUUUUGUUAUGUUUUCUUCUUCUUAGGUUGUUGUUGCUUUUUUUUUUUCAUAAUUACCGCAUCUCUCCAAACAAUGUAAUUCUGAUUUAAGUCGGCUUUGAUGAACUACCUCACGCUGAAUUUCUGCCAGUUCUUGCAUUUACUUAGUCGCCUGCAGAAUUAGCUAUCGAAGACGUGUGAAUAACAGAUUCCAUUAUUUAUUUAUUUGAAAGUGUACUAUUUGUCGGUUUCAACAGACUUCUAGUUUUGUACAUUAUGUAUACUUCACCUAGAAGUAAGAGAAUUGUUAUAUGUAUUUUUUGUUCCUUUUUUUUUUUUUUUGGAGGGGGUUGUUUUUUGUUUUGUUUUGUUUUGAAACUAAAUGUGCAAUACCUUCAGCAAACUGUGCUAGUAGUGUGUGAUGGGCCUAGCCUUUGUUAGCUGUCUCCUGAAGGUAAAGAAAAUGUUUGGUACUGUCAAUCCAUGUUUUCCUUUUUUUUUUUUUAUGAAUAAGAUCAAUUUUAGUUCUGUGACUUGUUAAUAGUCAUGAUGUUACGUAAUCAGUCUUACCCACCAAACAGAUCUGUCGGCCGAAGUUUUGACGCAGAGACGAGAUGUUUCUUUGAGUCACAACACGGCCAACAGGUUUUUUUGAUUUGGGAUGUGGUAAGAACAAUAAUGUUAAUAAACACAAAAAAAAGAUGAGUGAAUACCUACGAGAAAUCAUUAUAUGUAUGGUGCUGGUUUGUUAUGUUUGCUAGUGAAUCCAGCCAUGCAAGUAGUUUUAAGAAUUCCUGGAUCUGCGCGUCCCAAAAAACCGCAACCAACGAAGAAGUGCACUACUAGAAUACAUGCACUGGGAUCUGAUGAUGCCACCUCUUAAAAGAAACAAAAAAAAAAUCAUGU